CGGCGCGUACCUUCCUCAGCCGUGUUCUCACUUUGCUUCCUACCUGCCCCAACUGGACGACGCGUCACACUGGCUCGGACCUCACGGUAACUUUCUGAACGACGGCGGGGCUCGGGGAUGGGUCUCGGUUAACGUGCCCCAGUUCUCCGUGCCCCCUCCGGAGGGCGUGUCAAAGGUCAACGUGAUGACCCUGAGCUCAGCUGCAGGGGACGCGUCCGUCUCACACCAACGAGGAAGGACCAUCAGUCUGCCUGAUGAGAGCCGAAACGUUUUCAUAACUUAUUCUACGGACAUUUCUUCAGAGAUGGUCCCCUUUUCAGACUUCCUCACAAAGAAAGGCUUUCGACCCGCUAUUGACAUUUUUGACAACCCCAUCAGGCGCCUGGAUAUCAACAAGUGGAAGGACGGUUACCUGAAAGAUCCAUCAACCAUGAUCAUCAUUGCCAUCAGUCCAAAGUACAAGGCGGACAUUGAAGGCUCCGUCGUAGAUAGCCACGCUCUACACACUAAAUAUAUUCACUCCAUGAUGCAGAAUGAAUUCAUCCAACAAGGCAGCUUGAACUUCAGAUUCAUCCCGCUUCUCUUCCUCAAUGCGUCCCAGAAACAUGUCCCGAGUUGGCUUCAGAACACGCGUGUUUACCGCUGGCCGCGGGACACCGAGGACGUAUUACUGAGGCUGCUGAAGGAGGAGCGCUACAUCCCUCCUCCUGUCCCUCCGGAGCUCACCCUCGUCAUCAGGCCCGUGACCCUCACAGCGACACUGUAGAGACACAGCAGCACUGGCUUAAUGCGGGAUCUAUGUUUGGCUCAGCAGAUUUUCUUAUUAUGCAGCAAUGUGUAUUUUAAACGAUGAUUAUAAUUGAACCGCCCUGAGGGGAGGAGAGCUCAUGUUCUAUCGGAUGGAUGUAUUAUUACCUUCGCAUUGAAAAUGCGUAAGGUAAUGUUUUGAUCGCCGUGUAUUUGCAUGCGUGCGUGUUAUUCGCAUAACUCAAAAAGUAUUGAACCGAAUGGCAUGAAAUUUGGUGGGAUGAUUGGUUAUGAUCCGGGGACCAUUUGAUUAGAUUUUGGGAUUGAUCGGGUCAAAGGUCAAGGUCAAGGUCAUGAAAAGGUCAACAUAUUCUUUGAAUCGCAUGAAAUUUGGUGGCAUAAUUGGUUAUUAUCCGGGGACCAUUUGAUUAGAUUUUGGGAUCGAUCGGGUCAAAGGUCAAGGUCAUGGAAAGGUCAAAAUCUUCUUUUUACCAUAGUGCGGUCAAUUUAUAUCCAAUUGGCAUGCAACUAAUGCCAAAAUGUUCAUAAUUCAAUGCCCAAUCUUGUGAUAUGCGAAGGUAUGCGCUCUACCGAGUGCCCGUUCUAGUUUUCCAUGUAUCUAUUCACAACUUAAAUUAACUAAUGGGGACGUUUUAUGGGAAUGACCAGACAUAGAUGUCCGUCAAGGUGUUAGAUUUAUUUGGAACAAACAUUUAAAACAAACAUAUCGAGCAAAUUCUGUGGCUAUGAAUGAAAAAGCUUUGCUUUGGACGCAGCUCUGAUCACCGUACACAAGCCGAGGCCCUUUUUUGUGGAAACAAAUCAAAUUAUAUUUGAAACAAUAAAAUAAAUGCAAUAGUUUGUGUGAAAAUAUUGAUUUCUUUAGUAGGUAGCAAUG